GAGCUUCAGAGCUGCGAGAGAGACUCGAGACCAGGCCCGGGAGCACGACCGCCCGCACCGCUCAAUUCGACCUGUUGUUCGACCUCGCCCGCCUCCCACCUCGCCCACCAUGGUCGGCUCCAUCCUCCGCCAAUUCUUCGCCCCCGCGACCCGCCGGCCGAUCGCCGCCGCCAUCGCCGCACCGUCCCGACUCGCCGUGCCCGCCUUCCGCAGCUUCACGACGACGGCGCCCCGCGCGGCAACGCUGAACCAGGUCCUCCGCGGGAUCCGCAAGGGCAAGCGCGCGCGCCACGCCGUCUCGCCGGCGCUCGCCAACACGCGCUGCCCGGCGCUCAAGGGCGUGUGCCUGCGCGUGGGCGUGGUCCGCCCCAAGAAGCCCAACUCGGGCGAGCGCAAGACGGCCCGUGUCAAGCUGUCCACGGGCGCCGUCGUCACCGCCUACAUCCCCGGCGAGGGGCACAACAUCCAGCAGCACAGCGUCGUGCUCGUCCGCGGCGGGCGUGCGCAGGAUUGCCCCGGUGUGCGGUACCAUUUGGUCCGAGGAGCUCUGGAUCUGGGAGGUGUUGCGAGCCGAACAACCAGCCGGAGUAAAUACGGCACCAAGAAGCCUAAGAAGGCCACGAUUGGUUGAGGUGGAAGACUGAGCAUUGCAUUCAGAAAUACCACGCAUCACCAAACCAAAUGGAGGGAUUCAUCAUGAGAUACAUAAAGUAGGCCGUGGGCCAUGUACCCCUAUUGUACAACAUUGGAGCAUGUAACGAGAGCAACGUGUCAUAGAAACCUUGAUUCAUAUACAUCU